AUGAUGUCCGCUCGCGUUGGGCUUGGUUCUGCUACGAGGAGAGUAGCGUUCGCUCCAGUAAUUGGGAGAAACCAAAUUGCUUUGCGCACCGUAAUUCCCAAGCGAGGCGUUCAGAUACAGUCCCUGCCCCCAUCGGCUUCGCAAGAAAUCCUGAAUGUCCAGCGUCUUAAACGCCCAUCCAGCCCCCAUUUCACCAUCUACCAACCUCAGCUGACAUGGCUUAGCUCGAUUGCAAACCGUGCAACUGGAGGUGCACUCAGUGCGCUCCUAUACGGCUUUUCGUUGGCAUACCUCGUAGCUCCAGGCACUUUCGACAGCGCGCACAUCAUCGAGUUUGUUGCUGGGCUGCCAGACUACGUGAAGUACACCGGCAAGAUUAUCCUGGCUGCACCUUUCACUUUCCACUUCUGGAACGGUCUGCGACACUUGAGCUGGGACAUGGGUAAAUUUUUGUCUCUCAAGGGAGCAUACAGGGCUGGGUAUGCUGUUUUAGGGGCCACUGCGGUAUCUACGGUCGCUUUGGUUUUGUUGUAA